GCCGUGUCCAACUUGGACUUGUGGUUGAGGAUUCGGGCGGCGGCGGCUGUGGCGGUCGCCGUGUGAGGAGCUGAUGUCCCCCGCCGGGCUCUUGCCCACGGCAGCUAUGGUCACAGCCUUCGGUGUAUGGUAUAUAGUCACAUGGCCAUAUGGAGAGGAAGGACUUUAAUGCAUGGCUUGAAACCCUCUCCAGCACAUUUAUUACCUUGACUGAUUCCCAGAAGAAUGAGACUUUGGACCACCUGAUCAGCUUGAGUGGGGCUGUCCAGUUGAGGCACCUCUCCAAUAAUCUUGAGACCCUUCUGAAAAGAGACUUCCUCAAGCUGCUUCCACUGGAGCUCAGUUUUUAUCUGUUAAAGUGGCUUGACCCUCCAACCCUGCUCAAUUGCUGUCUGGUAUGUAAGCAGUGGAAUAAAGUGAUAAGUGUCUGCACUGAAGUUUGGCAGGAAGCCUGUCGGAGUUUGGGCUGGCAGAUCGAUGAUACCAUCGAAGACACACUACACUGGAAGAAGAUUUAUCUAAAGGCAGUUAGAAGGAUCAAGCAGUUGCAGGACAAAGAAGCUUUUGAGACGUCCUCCUUAAUUGGCCACAGCGCUAGAGUGUAUGCUCUCUAUUAUAAAGAUGGAUUGUUGUGUACAGGCUCUGACGAUCUAUCUGCCAAACUGUGGGAUGUUUGCACUGGCCAGUGUAUUUAUGGGAUCCAGACUCACACGUGCGCUGCCGUGAAGUUUGAUGAGCAGAAGCUGGUUACAGGAUCGUUUGAUAACACAAUUGCCUGUUGGGACUGGAGCUCAGGAGCAAAAACCCACAACUUCCGGGGUCAUACUGGAGCAGUCUUCAGUGUUGAUUAUAGCGAUGAGCUCGAUACACUGGUCAGUGGGUCUGCUGAUUUCACUGUGAAAGUUUGGUCGUUAUCGACAGGAAUAUGCCUCAAUACACUCACUGAACACACCGAAUGGGUGACCAAGGUGGUUUUACAAGUCAGUCAGGUUGAAUCUGUAAUGCACAAUCCAGGGGACUAUAUCCUAUUAAGUGCUGAUAAAUAUGAAAUCAAGGUAUGGCCAAUUGGGAGAGAAGUCAAUUGCAAGUGUUUGAAGACACUUACUGUAUCAAAUGACCGAAGCAUUUGCCUUCAACCAAGACUGCAGUUUGAUGGAAAGCACAUUGUUUGUGCAUCUGAUUUAGGAUUGUACCAGUGGGACUUUGCAAGUUAUGAUAUUAUAAGAGUUAUUAGAACCCCUGACUCUACAAACCUUUCCUUAUUGAGCCUGGGAGAAGUGUUUGCUCUGCUCUUUGACAGCCGUUACCUGUACAUAAUGGACCUAAGGACCGAGAAACUGAUUGGCCGAUGGCCACUGCCGGCAUACAGGAAAUCCAAGAGGGGAUCAAGCUUCCUGGCGGGGGAGACCGCGUGGCUAAACGGACUGAAUGGCAAGAAUGACACUGGCUUGGUUUUUGCCACAAGCAUGCCGGAUCAUAGUAUUCACUUGGUCCUGUGGAAGGAGAAUGGAUGAAAAGGAAUCAACUAUUGGGCAUGAUCUGCUCGUGCUGCUGUUUUCAAGGACGUUUCUGAGAAUGCAGAAUCUUUGCAUGAACCAAAGAGACACAGACCAGGCAUUCUCUCGUGUACAAUACAGUUGAUUGCCUUUUAUUUUUUUUAAAAGUCAAACAAAACCAGCAUGUUUGAAAAUUAUUUUUACAUCUUUAAAUUUAAAUCAGUUUGCUUGCAUAUUAAUGUACCAAUACAGGAAAGGAAGGAAAAAAUGUAUGUUAAAUUAAACAUGGCACUGUUUAGAAAUUUAUGAUGAGCCAAGGGUUGAAGAUUAUGCUUUACAAGCACAUUUCAACAUAAUUAAUCUAUUGUUUGCAGUAUUCUGAACAUUCCCAGAAUGUUUUCAUUUCUUCUGCACCUGGAAGUAUAGAACCCAUUACUUUUUAUAUAUAAAUAUUUCCAUUCAGGACUUUGCCUUAAUGCUUUUCAGUGGUUGCUCUCAGUGAGCUUGUUUAUAUAACAUUAGGUAGGUACUUUAAAUUUGUCCACAUUUUAUAUUUUGGUAUAGUCGUUAUUUACAAUGAUAUUUUUAUUGAUAUUUGCCCACAUUGUCGCAAUUGUUAAUUAUCUUCAAUAUAUUCUUUCUGAAGAAAUAGUUGGAAACUUGCUUGGCUACUUGCCUCAUUUGCGUUAAAAGUUCCAUAUUUACGAUCUUACAAAACGCUGCAGUGAUGAUGCUCCCUUUGCAAUUGAGGCUGCUAGAUAUUCCCCAUGACAGUCUUCCCAUCUGAUUUCCCUGUUGCUCCUGUCUAAAGAAUGUGACCUUCUCAUUGAAUUGCUUCCUAAACUGGUAGUCAUUCAUGGCCCGAUCAGACAUUCUAUCUUGUACAGUACAGUUGAUUCCCUUUUUUUUUCAAAAAUGUCAAACAAAACCAGUGUGUUUGAAACUUAUUUUACACCUUUACAUCUGAUUGCUGAUUGAUGUAUCAAUGCAGAAAGAGCCAGACCUCCAGUGUGGUCAAUAAUGUUUCAAUUGUGAAGUACCUGUCUAUUCUGUUCCAAAAGAGAACAAAUAGGUCUUUCCAUUUUUGAUCCUGUUCUCCCACUUAAUGAGAAUUUCAUAAUCUUGUAUCAUCCAUCUACCUGGACUUGCUCUGUAGACAUGUGGAGCUAUUCUGGCCAAGAGAUGUUUGAUCACAAACACUAGUGCAAUCAUGGUAACGUAGCUGUUAGUGUGACACUGUUAGAGCUCUUGGUGUUUAAUUCUGGCUCUGUCUGUAAGGAGUUUGUAUGUGCUCAUCGUGAACUAAGUGGGUUUCCUCUAGGUGUUCUGGUUUCUUUCAACAGUCCAAAGACACACUGCUUAGUAGGUUAAUUCAUCAAUGUAAAAUUGUCCUGUGUUUAGACUAGGGUUCAAUAGCUGGGUUGCUGGGCAGCAGGAUUUGUUCUGUGACUUAUCUGUAAAAUAAACAGAUAUAUCAGUUACAGGAGCAUUGACAGGACUCAAAUAGUUCUACCGCUUCACAUUUGAUGUCCUUGAAAUUGUGCUGUAGAGUUUUGCAGUACCCUUUCCUGGCAUGGGCCUGAAUUCACAACUGCUGUGCAUUUAUAUAUUUCAAAAGGUAUCUUCUCUUAUUGACCUUAUUCCUUCAAAAAGCUCAUUAACAGCUGAAGAUAAAUUUAGUUUCUCACCGUAUUAUCGAAAGGCCUUCAACGACAGACAAGUAUGGUCAGAAUGUACUGCUGUCUCCAAAGACUGGGGAGUAGGGAGUAAAGAAUUGGAAGAUGGAUAGAGGAGUGGAGAAAAGGUGCAGAUUAGAGCUGUGCCAUAUAUCUUCAGAUACCAUGGCUCGAUCUACUCCUCUGGUGAUGUCCAUGUGAGAGUUACAAAGUCAAAAUAAAUUUAUUAUCGAAGUUUGUAAAUGUCACCAUAUACUACCUUCAGAUUCAUUUUCUUCCAGGCAUUUACAAGAAAAUACAGAUAAACAAUAGAAUUUAUGAAAAACUCUACAUGUACAAUGCCAAACAACCAAUGUGCAAAUUUUUAAAAAAAAUUCUUCCUCUGACCACUCAUUUCCCCGGGGAGCUUCAGUUUCCUCUCCCAUCCCAAAAAUGUUGGAUACUGGUUCAUGUUUGUCCCUAGUAUGUUAAUGAGUGAUAAAGUCGGGGUUGGGGGGAAAUAGGAUUAAUGUGAAUUGGUGGCUCAGUAGGCCAAAAAUUUCUGUGCUGUAUGAAUCUGACUCCAUCAUGUCUCAAAAAAAGAAGCUGGAGAAAAAUUCUGGCCACUGUGCCUGCUAUAUCACUCAUGGCUACAAAUUACCACCAUCUUCCUGUGUUAAUCCCAUAACCCUGAAUUCUCCUGAUGUUCAAAAAAUUGUGUGGGUGGGAAGGGUCGCAUUGAUCUCAGAGUAGAUUAAAAGUUUGGCACAAUUUUGUGGGCCAAAGGGCCUGUACUGUGCUGUCGUGUUCUAUGUCUUAAGAAUCAGUGCAACAACAACCACCUUCACAAUUUUAAAUCAACAAUUUAGAGGAAAUAAUUUCUGAAUUUGCAGAUAGUUUACUGGGGAUACCAAAUUUGUUGUGGGGUUGGUUGUGUGUGAUGUGAAGAAUAGACAACACAGGUAGUGCCCAGGUUAUAAUGGGAUUUAUUCUUAAAAGAUCCAUUGGGAAAAUUACUCUAUUAGAGAUGUCUGUUCUCUAUAGUAACCCAUAUAAUAUCAAUCAACAUGUACUUACUAUAAUUCUCAGGUCAUUGAAUAAUUAACACUAUCCAUAAUUAAACUAAAAGAAUAUAUAAUGUUUCCAUUUAUGAAACAUUAGAUUAUUAUCGCUAGCUUGAAAAAUGCUUUGAAACUCUGUGGGAAGCUUUGUGUAAAGCUGCAUUUUUCAAGCCAGGUUGUUCAAACUGGACAGCCCCUGUCCCAAGGAGGACUGCAAGUUGGGAUUAAAUAAAUUUCCAGAGUGAGCGUAUGAUUGGGCAAUGCUGACACGUUCAAGAUGAUGAGUUUUACGAAAGUUAGCAAAGGUUCUUGAGUUCAGGCAGAGUAGAUGAACAACGACAUGUUGUGCAAAAACCCCAAUCACAGGUUAGCGUGACCACAGAAAAAUAAAUUGCACUGCGGACAGUGGAAGAGGACAGCUCAGUGCAGGUCCUUUCACCUACAAUAUUGUGCUGACCUUUUAAACCUACUCUUAAGGUCAAUCUAACUCUUCCCUCCCAUGUAAUCCUCUAUUUUCUUCAUCCAUGUGCCUAUCUAAGAGUCUCUCAAAUCCCCCUAAAGUAUCUGCCUCUACUACCACCUCUGGCAGGACAUUCCACCCAUCUAUUACUACUAUGUUUUAAAAAGAAUCUUAUGACAUCUCCCCCCAACCUUGAUACUUCCCUCCAAUCACCUUAAAAUUAUGCCCUCUUGUAUUAGCCAUCUUCACCCAAGGAAAAGCUCUGGCUGAUCUCUCUAUCAAUGCCUCUUAGUCACCUCUCAUAAUCCUUUAUUUUAAAAAGGAAAACCCUAGCUCGCUCAAUCUAACCUCAUCAGACAUGCUCUGUAAUCCAGGCAGAAUCCUGGUAAAUCUCUGCACCCUUUAAAGCUUCCAUACCCUUCCUAUAAUGAGGUGACCACUACUGAUGUAGCAUCUUAAAGAGGAACAGUAUAGAAUCAGGCUGUUCGUCCCACCAAACCUGUGUUGACCAUCAACCAUCUAUUUACACUAAUAAUCACAUUUUUAAAAUUCUUGCCACAUUCUCAUUGCCUCACCACCAUGCCCCUUCCAGAUUAUACCACUCACCUAUGCACUUGUGGGCAAGUUACAAUGGCUGGUUAACCUACCAACACUGUCAUGUCUGGGAUGUGGGAGGAAAUGGGGCACUUGGGGAGAGCUGGGUAACUCACAAGGAACUGGAGGUCAUGAUGGAAGCCAGGGACACUGGAGCUGUGGGCAGUAUCUCACUGGCUGUGUGACACAGCUGAAGGCUAAACAAGCAGAAUUGGAAAUAGGCAGGUUAUUGCUAAACCUGAAUUUAACAUCAGAAAUUUGGGGAUAUGCACAUUGGGACAGGAUGCAUCAACUUGCUCUCAUUUCCCUCAAGAUGAGAAGGCUGAUCUUAAAAUAAGAUCAUUUACAGAGAAUGUAAUUACUACAUUUUCCUACAUGAAAGUUCAAAAAUUAGCUAUAAGAUUAUAAAUUAGUAGCUUUGCAUUGUAGCCAUGCCUGUUCAAAAAUAUUAAAUUAUAAAUUUUAGUACAAAUUAUGAAGUUUUCCUACAUAUAUCCAUCACUGCCGUUCAAACAUUAGUUAUAAAAAUGCUUUGAAAAGAUUCUAGGCAUGCUGGUGCUGUAUAAUUAGCAAUUAAAUGUGCCUCUUGGUUAUGUUGAAACUGUCCUGCCUGUCACCCAGGCUUGCUUCCAUUUUGGAUCCUGGUGUGUGGAUUUUAAUAUUGUUUCUAUUCAGUUUUGUUGAAGCGUUUUAGCCCCUGUGAAGGAAAUGUUGCUGGAAAAAAAAAUGCCCUCAAAGCAUCACGUUAUUGAAAUAUGGUCAUGGAAAAAAUUGCAUUUUUGUGUAUUCUUAGUGUCUAAAACUUCUCACAAUGCAACAUCUCUCAAUCUCAUGAACAACGAAUGACAAUUAAGGUCUGAUGGCAGGGCAGCUGAAACUAAUUCAGUAAACCACAAGAGGCUAUUGCAUCUCAUUUUGAGGAUUAACAAUUGUGAUAUUCAGAAGCUUUAACUGUCAUACUGUAUUUACACUCAAAUCUUUACAUGCACAUCUUUAUGAUGUGAAGGGGCCACCGUGUUACAAUUAACAUGAGUUAUUCUAAGUAGUUGGUUCAUAAAUUGAAGUAAAUGAUGUGAACAGAAAACAGAUGCUGUUAAAACAAGGUUAAUUGGUUUGGUCGUCGAUGUGAAAUCCUAUUUAUUUCAGUAAUGCCCUUUAGUGCUACUUAAGUGGUCUGGAUUUUUUGGCUCUUACACUAAGAUGCUAGGAAAAUUUAAUUCAUUUGAAUCGAAUUGACUUUAUUACUUACAUCCUUCAUAUACGUGAGUAAAAAUCUUUCCGUUAUGUCUCCAUCUAAAUGUGCAAUUUAUAGUAAUUUUUAAUAAAUAGUAUGUACAACAGGGCAGUCAAUAUAGCAUCGACAUACAAUUGUAUCAGCGUGAAUUAAUCAGUCUCAUAGCCUGGUGGAAGAAGCUGUCCCGGAGCCUGUUGGUCCUGGCGUUUAUGCUGCGGUACCGUUUCCUGAAUGGUAGCAGCUGGAACAGUUUGUGUUUGGGGUAUCUUGGAGCCCCAGUGAUCCUUCGGGCCCUUUUUACACACCUGUCUUUGUAAAUGUCCUGAAUAGUGGGAAGGUCACAUCUACAGAUGCACUGGGCUAUCCUCACUACUCCCUGCAGAGUCCCUUCUUGAGAAUAUUAUUUAACGUGAUUAAAACUGCCCUUGUUUAAUAUUGGUUUACUGAAGGCAUUGUACUGAGGCUGAGAGGUUAAGCAGUACAGUUGAAUACUCAACAAGAUGUGGCUUUACAAAAAGAAUGAUAUGUAGAGUAUAUACUAUGGAUUGGAUUUGGCAGUCCAAAUGAGCAUGUAAGAAAUUUGUUUAUGAUUACUACAUUGCAUUUUAGAAAGUCUAGCCUGUAUCUAAUUGUGGAAUGUUUUUUAAAAUGUUACUUUUUAAUUUUCACAUUUUACUUCUGAAAAUGGUCUAUAGUAGAAUAGUUUUGCCAUCUCAAAGUAUUGAAGGGAUGGCUGUAAAUUUUAAAGUGAAUAUUUUUGGCAAACUUGUGUAGAAAUAAAUCCUAAAUCAGAUUGUUAAAUGUAGUGGUACUGGGCAAUUUCAAUACUUUUUGUGGAUCACCAUGAUGUUUGUUUUUAAAAACUGCUUCUGCAAAGUGCUUUAGGAGGUUUUGCUCUGGGUGGGUAAAGAUGCCAUAUAAAUCAAAGUUAUAGUGAACUUAAUUGAUAAACAAGAGAGAAUCUGCAGAUGCUGGAAAUCUGAGCAACACACAAAAUGCUGGAGGAGCUCAGCAACCAGGCAGCACCUAGGAAAAGAGUAGAGUCGACGUUUUGGACCAAACUCCUUCGGCAGGAUAUUCAGCUGACCAAUU